AUGCUAAUUGGCAGGCUCGCCGUGGCUGGGAGCCUCAGACCCGAAAACCCGUCGAAGCCAAUCCUUGCAACAUCUUGCAACGUUGUCAGUAUUUGUAAGCCAUAUUUAUUUGCAAUCUCUUUCGUAGCCCAGUGCGAGACUGCGAGACAGUUGGCAGGUCUCCUUGUGGUGCUGAGCCUCUCCGCGAUUGCUGCUGCGCUAUGCUUUACCGGGCCAUGUGCACAAGGGAGGGAGCUGCCCAAAACCUCAAUGCACGGGCUGAAGUUUGAUGUCUCUGACUUAGCUGCACCCAAGCGCAGAAGUCGGAAGCAGAAGGAGCUCGAGGAGGAAGAAGAACGACGUCAGAUGGAGCAGGAGGAAGCAGAGAAGAAAGAGCGCAUCAUGCAAGAAGUGUUGGCUGAGCAGGAGGAAGAGGUCAGCACUCCGGCCCUCUAUGGACAAGUUCAUGCCUUCAAGCGCUUGAUGCGGCAGGAAUGGGCGCCAGGGCACCUUGUCCUGCGGAGAUGGCUGAAGAAGGGGAAAGCACAAGGCUUUGUGACGGUGCCCUUUUCCAGUGCCCUGAGACCGGUGGUGGCAGAUCCUGAUGUGAACAUUUGCAUAGUCAGCCGAAGAGAACGCUCCGACAAGCGGAUCAAGGGGUGGCAAGAAAAGCUGGAGGAGCUCCCUUUGUUUGACAUCAGCGGUGUGGUCGAGACACCCGUGGACAUAGACCCUUUGGAACCUGACUGGGAGACCCCGUUGGAUCAGCUACCGAGCCACAAAGAGCUGCAGAAUCAGAUGGAAGACAAGAAGGUCAUGGACAAAAUGCUGAGCAGCUCCCUUCGCAGCGAUGAAGAAAUUCGGGAGCGCGCCAUCUCGGAGGCUGGUGAGGCCAAGGUGCUCCAAGAGUUGACCCAGCAACUGCCUCCACGCUUACUGACCGAGGAGUACCGUGAGCUGAUACGAAAGACUGUUGUGGAGGUGCUGAUGGUCAUGUGGUCGAUGCAUGCCUCCACAGGCUCUACAAAGUUGAGGUGGCGUCUUGCGUGCACAGACCAACAGGAGGCACCCUCACCUGAGACAUCGCUGAGAUCCAUCUUCCUACUUGCUGGAGAACCUCUGGAAUUCAUUCCCAAGCAGUUCGUCGACAGAGCCAAGUUCUCUGCUGAGCAGCUGCUCUCCCCGGAGCAGAUCCGCCGAAUGGACUCCGAAGCAUGGGCUGGAAGUCUGACAAAGAAAGGCACCAAUGCCUCAGAGGCCUUCAAGCAAGUGCCACCUGGCUGGAUGACUGUGCUCAAGGGUGACAGCUGGCCAAACAUGAAGGGCAAAGGUGCAGUCUACCGCUUGCCUCAGUUUGGAAAGCGUGUCUACAUCGAGGUGGACCUCCUCGAGGCACCUGCAAUCCCUGCAGCAACUCCGAAAGCAUCCGAGCAAGUGGAGCAGGAGUACAGGCCGUCCUUCUUGCAGAGUCUUGGGCCUUUGGCUGGCAUAGCAGCCUUCAUCCUGGGACUGGCAUCAAAGACAUUCAUUUUCAAGGCUGGUCAGCAACGUCGAAUGGAGCUGGAACAGACCCUGCGAGCGCUCCAACGGCGUCCAGAGGAGACUAUCGAAGACGAGACUGCACGCCUACAGGGGUUUGAGCAGAAAUUGUGGACAGAUUUGGAGCCUGACGAGGCCCCGGUGGUGCUGGUUGUCGGCUCCGAGACGGAGACUGGCCAAGUUGUCCUCAGGAAGCUCAUCACCAGCGGCUAUCCUUGCGUAGAACUGAAGUCGGGCUCUGCAGACGAACACUUGGGAAAGCAAGGGAAAGAAGGCGCUACCUUUGUCACAGCUGUUGCGCAGACAACUGACUUCCCUGGCACCCGUGGCAACGUCAUGCAAGGUCAGAAGCGGUUCUUGGCUAGUGUGCCGGACAGCCUUUAUGAUGCUGUUUCUGGUGUCGACAAGCUGGUGAUCUGUGACUGCGAUGAUCCUCAGGAGAACCAGGGCGAGGUGGUUGGCAACGUGCUGAGGGCUUGGCAGCUUUAUCGGCAGGAUUUUGCUGAAUACCAGAGAGCUUUCAAUGGCAAGGUGCAGAUCUUCAACUUUAAGCGUUCCACGGACUUUGAGCUCUGGGACCUGGAGCGUCAAUAUCCCUCGGACAUGUGCUAUGGAGUUCAGCGGGCAGGUUGGACCCGCAAUGAGAAAGGCCUCGCUCUUUUCUUGGGGCAAUUCUUCGAGGCGUACGGCCAGUGCACCCUGAGGUCUCCCAAGCUCAAGCUGAACUUCUCCCGCUUUGGAGGAAUCCUAAUCGGCGUUUACAAUGCAGCAGUCAAAAACAAGUUCUCUUGGUUCCUGCGCACGUCAGAUUUUGAAAGAACUCGAGUUCAGUACGAGUUUGAGUUUGAGUGUGAGGCAACCACUUGGAACUACGUUCGCAUGCCCUUCAAUGCAUUCAAAGCUGUGCGGACUGAUGGGGUGCCAUUGCCUGAUGAUGUUGUACCGGGUGAGAUAGAGCUUCGAAGAGAGGAUGUUGUGCAGAUGGGCGUUGUGUUUCGCACAAAUGGCGAGGAGCGGAUAUACGAAGGUGACAGGAUGAACUACUUCUCCCUGGCGAUUGAUUUUGUCAAAGCCUUCCGGGCACAGAAAGAGCCGCAGGUGGUAUACGUUGGCAGAGCGGAUCAAACCACUCCGGCAAUGCCAAAGCAGGCGAGUGACGGAGAGUCAGAGUCCGAGCAGACGAGGGGUCCUUGGAAUGGGCUUUACACUCCGCCAAAGACAUCUGCAGAGGCAGUGCUGCGAAGCGGCGUGGCUUUCACUAUGUUGCGGGUGAAAGGCCUCAACGAACACCCGGGAGGGAAGUUCCCAGUCGUUCUGCACCAGGCUCCAUUGGAAAGGCCGCACCUUACCUUUGACACAGAGAAUGUUGGUUCAAUUUCUCGAGGAGAUGUGGCGGCGUUGCUGGUCUCGGCCAUGUCAGAGCCAAAUUGCGUGAAUGCAGAGAUCAUGGCAGGUGAGCCUGAUGGUUCGGAGACUGGAGCAGUGAUCACUUCAACUUUACAGGGAAGCACCAUGCUCAUUCGAUCCGAAUCCCUUCUGAAGCUCACCACACUUGG